GGCGCAGGCGCGCUGGGCGGCCGGCGGGGAGCAGGAGCCGUGCGGCCGGGCUGAGCCGGGGGACCGGCGCGGAGGAGCGGCGCAGGGAUGGAGGAAGGUGUGACUGAUUUCCAGGCCCUGCGAGCAAAGUUUCAGAGUGACCCCGACUUGGCCACAAAGCUCCUGCACCCACUCAGGAAGCCUCCAGUCAGGGUCCAGCCAAAGCUGGACUCUGGAGAGGAUGCUGUGCUCAGCCCUCUGCCCUUGACUAAGAGGAAAGUCAUAAUACUGAGCCCCAAGGAUGAACCUGUCCCCCCUGCCUCCCAGCACAAGCCUCUGGUGUGGCCUCGGUCCAAGCCGCUGGGGCACAACGAUGCCCACGGAGGCAAUGCCUCGGGGGAAGGGCUGAGUUCCCUGAAGACAGGUCUAGAGGAGCCUCUGCCAUCCUGUUGCACAGGCCAGCAAGCACCAGCCCAAACGUCUCCAGAGAGCCCUCAGCUCCCAAGUUCUUUCCACCAUGCCCUCCAGAUGUGGGAGAAGACUCUAUCCCAUGGGGACAAAGCAAGCACAGUGCCCCUGCCCCAGCGGGCAGCGAACUUGUACGUGCAGCCCUGCCCAGAGCAGAGGCUGGCACAGGCUCCAGCUGCACCAAGCAACAGCAGGAUGCCACUGUCUGGAAGCAAGCCCGUGCUGGACUUGCCUGUCCAGAAGAAGGAUGCUCUGCACAGCAAUGGGCUGGCCCUUCCCCAGGCUCCCCGAGGACACAGGAGCUCUGGUGGAGUUGCUGUUGAGAGCAGGGUGGCAGCUGCAGCCUGCCAGCCAGGGGAUCGUGCACCAGGAGAGCAAACUCAGCAGCAGAAAGGAUUAGAGCAUCCUCUGUGCCAGCCUCGAGCAGGAAAAUGCCCUCUCAGCCCCAGGAGCAAGGAGCCAAGGGUUAAACCUCUGCCUGCAGCUGAAUCCCUGGGUCCUGCCCCUGAGAAGCCUGCGAGACCCCAGAGGUUUGAUCUCGGCGCUUUCCAACGUGCUGUGCCUUGUGGACACAGAGGACACCAAACAGCUGCUGGAGAAGAGGAUUACCUGACCCCUGAAAGUGCUCAGCUUGAAGAGCAGUGCAGUGAUGGAGGAACCCCAACGUACCUGAAUCAGUACGAGGACACCGCAACCUUGUGUGCCACUGAAGGUACUUUGCAAGGCAAGGUGGCUGGGUUAGUUCCAUGCUGGCUGGGGGAAAGCCUGUGA